ACAAACGUCGAAUAGAAUGCUGGCACUCGCAGCUGAAGAAGAGCAGCCAGCCACCCUCCUCGUCUCGUCACCUCUGCUCGUGCUCCCCACACAAACAGAAAGAGAAAUUUAGCAGACAACAAAUAGCCUCUUUUAAUCCUGUCCUGUCCCUCCCUCCCUCUCUCCCUUAUCUUCUUCCCCCGCCCGUCGCAAGCUUCCAAGCCACCGGGAGGGCGGGAGCAGGGGAGGGACCCAAACCAGAUCUUGGCGACACCAACAGUCCAACACAGGUAGAGUGGAGGUGGUUCACCCCCUUCCCUGUUUCCCCAUAUUAUAGGUGAGCCACCCCACCACCACCGCCGCCGCCGCCGCCGCCGGCACUGAGUUGGAGCUUCCACUUCCUUCAAAAGCUCCCUGCUCUCUUUGGGGGUUUUGGUUGCUCAACAAGGGGAGGAGGGGGUUUUGGUGCUCCUGGGAGGAGGAAUCUUGGCACCAAGGGAGGGAGGCGCCCAGAUUUUUAACUCCCCGUUUGGCCCAUGGAGGCGGUCGCAAUGUCGCCGUCAUCUGUCUCCUCCCACAUCCAUGAUGCCGCCUCCAUCACCGACGACAUGUCCUUGCAGGAAGGCCUCCUCUUCUCAGACACCCUCAAGGACCUGAGGAAUCUGCGGUCACAGCUAUACUCAGCAGCAGAAUACUUUGAAGUAUUUUACCGAAACAACUCACACAAAUCUACGGUGAUGACGAGUUUGAAAGAUUACACAGUAGAGGCCCUUGUUAGCACAGUGGACCAUCUGGGUUUUGUGUCAUACAAGGUGGAUAAUCUUGUCAGCGAAAAGGCUGAUGAGGUUAAUGAAACAGAAUUUCUAGUGUCUUCAGUUGAACAGAGGGUACGAAUUUGCCAACAGACGAUGGACCAGGAAGGAAGAUCUCAACAAGCUCUUCUCAUCAAGGGGCCAAAGUACCACAGGCGUUACAUAUUACCAGGCAUGGAUCUACUGGAAUCUUCCAUACAUCCAGUUUCAGAACCUCCACGGUACAACAGACAAUAUACAAGUCGCAAAAUGCACAAGUCUCAAUCUUCCAUUUCUACUGCAGGAUGUCGGCAGGCUACAAUGAGGCGUGCUCGUUCACCAUCUCCUACACCUAAGGAUGCAUAUCACCGAUCCCAGUCCUUGUCACCUUCUCGAAAAGCACGAGCUAAAUCUCCAUCUCCCCGAAUCGUGAACUCAAAUGCAAAAGAAACAAGGGCAGGCUCGCCAAUACCAGAUUCUAAUCCUCUGGCACGGUCCUCUACAGUCGCAAGAAAACCACCCCUGAACUCAAAGCAUUUGAGACAAACUUCAAUGCAGUUACACACCGACUGGGACCACCACAAGGAACAGGAGAAAAGCUCGAGCAAAGGCAGGGGUUUCCUCAAGUCGUUGCUCACAAGGCGCCGGUGGAGGAACGAUGAGUCAUUGUACAGUUACUUGGAUGAGUAUUGACUGUUGGAAUGCUGAAAACAAAGAAGUUUGGUGUUAAUUGAAUCAACAUAUGAUAUUUGUGGCCUCUUGCUAUGCCAAAAGGUUGCAAUCAUGUCCCUUCGUUU